CUGAGAGAGCGCUACUUCUUUGCGCAUACAAAUGAUUGAGCUCCGGUGGUUUCACCGCCGUAAAUUCCCUUUCUUAACAAGUUGACCGCCAUGUAUUUUCUUUCGGGUUACUCAUAGCCGCCAUGAGACUCUAUUUGGGGUCUCAGCUAAGUUACUCAAAACCGUUAUUGAGACUCUUUUUGUAAUCUCAAUGACUACAUAGCUUUAUACGCCGAUACUUCGAAUAGAAUCUCAGUUGUCGUAGUUUUUAUUGCAGAAUCGGAUUCUACGGUGUGACCAAUAUAAUUUGGUGUUUUUAGCGAACGUUUAUCUUUAUUGUUAAUUUUUAAAUUAAAUUUAUCGAUAACAAUAUGAAAGAUGAUACCAAUGAAGUUAUCUGGUCAUGUUUGUGGUUUUAGGUUGUGUUAUUAUCUUACUAUUCCAAUUUGUAUAUCAUAACUACUGAUAAUAUUCAUCUUGAUAAUAAUAUGAUAAACUUUUAAAAAAUGAAUCGAUAACGUUUUUUUUUUUUAAAAAAAUUGUAUUGGUUUGUUUUACUGUUGAACUGUUGGGUACUAAUUUAAAAAUGAAUUCACAAGAAAUAUGUGAUUUAAUUGACUCCAAGUGUGAGGAGUAUCCUGAUGACUCAGACGACGAUCCUACUUGGAAGUCACCCCACAACGUUAAUUUAUCUGAUGAAAGCGAUUCAGAGUCUGAAGGAAUUAAAACAAAUCGUUGUAUAUUUCCAGAAACUAGUCAGCUCAAUGAGGUGUUUCACAUUAGUGACUCUGAAGAUGAAAUUACAAACAUAUACAACCCACCUGAACGCCCAAAGAACCAUACAAACCCAGAAUCUGAAGCAGAUCGUCAGUGGAGAGUCGAUGACAAAGUUACUAAUACAUUUAUAUUCCAUCUUAAAAAUGAAUUAACAAGUAUUAAUCCUGAUUUAUUUGAUUGCAUGAUUGAUGGGUCGCCACUUUAUUUUUAUAAGCUAUUAGUUGAUGAUGAAAUGAUAGAGAAAAUAGUUAUAGAAACUAAUAGAUAUGCAUACCAGCAAAUUAUGUGAUAAUAACUUUAAAUUGUAUUGUGAUAUGAAAAUUACGAGAAUGUUACUUGUUUAAAUUUCUUUUAUCUUACUGUUAUAAUAUUACUUAUUAUUAUUAAAA